AUGCCGGCGACGCUUUUUUGGAGCACGCUGACGUUACCGGAGCCGAACCCCUGCAAACCACCGUACACGGUGACGCAGGAAUCGGGGCCGGCGCACCGCAAGGAGUUCACCAUGACCUGCCGGGUCGAGCGCUUCGUGGAGAUCGGCAGCGGCACCUCCAAGAAGCUGGCGAAGCGCAACGCGGCCGCCAAGAUGCUGGUGAGGAUCCACAACGUGCCCAUGGAGCCGCGGGAGGGCAGCGAGGCCGAGGUGGAGGAGGAUCAGUUCUGCAUGGCUGGCCCCCGGCUGGAGGGGCUGCGGGGCCGCGCCGCCGGCUGCACCUGGGACUCGCUGCGCAACUCGGCGGGAGAGAAAAUCCUGCAGCUGCGCAGCCACCCCCUGGCACCCAUGGGUGCUGGCGCCUGCGCCCUCCUCCAGGAGCUCUCCGAGGAGCAGAGCUUCGCCAUCAGCUACCUCGACAUCGACGCGCUGAGCCUCAGCGGGCUGCACCAGUGCCUGGUGGAGCUGUCGACGCAGCCGGCCACCGUGUGCCACGGCGCCGCCCCCUCCCGCGACGGCGCCCGCUCGCAGGCGGCCCGCAACGCCCUGCAGUACCUGCGCAUCAUGGCGGGGGGCAAGUGAGACCCCCCCCCCCCGCCUCCCACCCUUCCCUCGGCGUCCCCCCCCACCACCCUCGGCCAGACCCACGGACGCCCGGACGGACCCACGGACACCCGGAGCCAACGGGGAGAUGCAGGCGGAGUUGGGGAGCUCCAGGGGGAGCCCCACUCCCCCCCCCCCAGGAGAAAACCUGGACCCCCCCCCGCCGACGGACACCCCGGUGGGCGCCCAGCCCCACCCACGGACACCCAGACGGACACCCGGACCCACGGACGCCCCCGUGGGCACCCGGACGGACUCUGGGACGCACGGACAGACGCACGGACAGACACACUAAGGCCCCAGACGGACCUCAGGGCCGGGGGGGGGAACCCCCCCCCCAAAAAAAAAAAA